AGUUGAUGUUGUGUUGGGGCAGCUGGCACCAGCUGCUGAGGAAAAGGCGCAGAUGUGCAGGAAGGCAGUUGAAUCUUUGGCAUCUGAAACGGGUCUGGCUCAGACACCACAACGUCUGCAAACAAUGUCUGAGUUGUCAUCACUUGUCAUUAAGUCCUGUCCUGGCAUUCCACAGGAGGAUAAGGACAUGGCCAUGGGUGUUCUAAAGUCCAUCACCAGCAAACUGGACCAGCUGGACAUGUCUGACCCAUCAACUAUCCAGUCUGUGGGAGGAUCUCUGGUGGAGUCUGUUGGUUCUCUGCUUGAUGAACCAGAGAGAGAUGAAGAAGUGGAUGAUGGGAAGCUCGCUUCUGAUCUCGAGAAGGACCAGAGUCUCUCUCCAAAGGAGCGCCUUCAAAAGUCGGAAGACAAGGAACAGGAGUACCAAGCCAAGAGACGAAGACUUGUCCAGGAGGGCCGGCAGGUCCUGGACGGUCUGUUCAAUGCCAUCAUCGGCGGCAUGAGGCUGGGAGCCCCGCCGGUCACCAUCGAGAGGGGCGGCAUCACGCUGCAUGCCCAGAGGAUCUGGAGCGACCGUUUUGGAGACCAGGUUGUGCAGACGGAGGAUGGGAGCUUCCAAACUCCAUCUGAAGCAGCGCUUUUCCAGGACUAUACACCACACAGUGUCGCUAUUAAGUUGAUGCAGUUUCAACAGAACCCAUUUACCUGGGGGCGCGGGGAGUACCAACCACGUUCGUCUGUCAUGGAGCUGUCACUCCAACAGAACAACAUUCCCGGGGCCUUCAACAACCUGACUGAAGACUUCAGCAUCACCAUUCCGGCCAACUCCGGAAACAAACCAGCAACAGCGACCAUCACCUUCCCUGCCCCAGGAAACGGAAGUUCCAGGCACCAUUUGCUGAACCUCACCAACGCCGCAGAAGGCUUCCUGGUCACAAUCACCCCGCUGAACACCAGUGUGGUCUACCGCGUGUCGGGCAGGUACGGCAGCCGCCCAGAUGACCAAAACUACAACAUGUCCACAGAGACGUACAUCCUACCCGAGGAGUGUGCCUUGAUGAAAACUCUGAGUGGCGAGGAAGACACAGACAAGACAGAGGCAAAAAUGUUCAUCUCAGGAAAGGAUGGUCCUGAGGAUUACUACAUCAAGGUCCAAAUACUUGGACCAGUGACUGAGUGUGGCAGGGAGAAAAAAGCUGCCAUGAAGGAGCCACGCACCAAUGACUCCUACGCCUAUCAGAUUGAAUGGGCCCGUUUGAGCUGUGUCUUCUGGAACGAGACGCAGGAAGCCUGGAGGCCAGACGGCUGUGUGAUAAGCAAUCAGUCCACCAUUACCAGCACUAUCUGUCACUGCAACCAUCUGACGUCCUUCGGGGGUGACUUUUUCACACCACCAAACACCCUCAUCUUUGAGAAUUUUGAGGAGUUGAAUUUCAGUGAUCUUGUAGACAACAGUGCUGUUCUGUCAACCAUCAUUGUGGCGCUCUGUCUCUACUCGCUCUCAUCAGUCGCGAUCAAGAUUGCUGAGCGUACAGGAAAAAAGAUUGUAAAUCAUGCUGUAAAGUUGGACAACCUUCAGCACAACUUCCGGUACCGCCUCCUCAUCUGGACAGGUGCAGCUAAGCAUGCUGGGACAGAGUCCACUGUUGCCUUUAAGCUGGUCGGAGAUGCAGCAAACUCUGGUGUGAGACUGGUCGACAUCACAGAGAAGGUUUUUACCCAAACCAGCCAGGUGACCUUGACCUUCAGCACAGCAGAACAGCUGGGUAAGGUGGAGCUGCUGCAGCUCAUGCACGACAACAGUGGGGAGGGGAGCCGUGCAUCGUGGCACGUGGACCGAGCAGCCGUGCAGGAUCUCACCUCAGGCAAACUGUUCUAUUUCUUCUGCGAUGAGUGGCUGGCAGCCGACCGCGGGGACGGGCAGGUCGUGAAGACCUUUCCUGUGGCCUCUGAGGAGGACCUGCGAACCUUCGGGUUCCUGUUCCCGGCAAGUCUGCACCGUAAUCUGACAGAGGAACACCUCUUUCUGUCCGUCGCUACUAUGCCUAAAGGUAGCACAUUCACCCGCAGUGAGAGGCUUGGCUGCUGCCUGAGUUUCUUCGCUGUGUCCAUGGUGUCCAGCGCCAUGUGGCUGAAGGACGAAAUAGAAACCCAGGUCGUGCAGGGCUUCAGCCUGGGACCGUUCUCCUUCACCUUGAACGGAGUCUACACGGGGUUCAUGACCAGCAUCACCUGCCUUCCUGUAGUCAUGGUGAUAGUUCUUCUGUUCCAGUACAGCAGACCGAGCAACAGGGGCAACCGCCGGGUCCGAGACUUGGAGACGGGCAACCCACCUGAGGCACCCACGCAGCAGGGUCCAGCCAAGGGCCUGCCACACGGGUGCAAGUACGUGGCCUGGGUGCUGGUGGUGCUGUCCUCUGUGGGGUCAGCUGUCUUCACCAUGCUGUACAGCAUGCAGUGGGGGAAGGACAAGUCCAAGAGGUGGCUGUCUGCCUUCCUCAUCACCUUUCUGGUGGACACCUUCCUUCUACAACCAGGGAAGAGGCAAGUUGUUGAGAAGAUUUUUGAAGAGAAUCGGGGCCACGUCUGGAUGGAAGCCAAUGCUGAGUCAGGCUUCAACUGCAAUGCAUUCCGCAAGAGGAGAAAGAUGGAGCGACUUUCAACGACGUCCCUAAUCAACAUCAAACAAGCAAGGAUGAAGCAGCACAGGGACAGGAGAGCUGGCGAAAUCCUUCGGGGCAUCAUGGUGUCUGGCUUUUGCCUGCUGCUUGUCCUCAGCAUCACCAAUGAACACCACAACACCACACCAGGCUUCUAUCAGACACAGAGCACAACCAACACCUUUGUGCAGUCCAUGGACGAGGUGGAUGAUGCCCAUUCCCUCUGGUCCUGGCUGAAUGAGACGGAUCUGGAAAACUUCUACCCGGAGACUUCCUACAAUGGUGACAAGCUUCGCUGGCAGGAGAAGGGCUUCACAGCAGACAUGCAGUCAAUCCUGGUCGCCCCGCCUAGCAUGAUCCAAGCCCGAGUAAAGUCAGGCUUGUGCACAGUGCCAGCAGCAAUGCAGCAGGAAUUUGACGAAUGUUCAUCAGCGUACAAUGAACACACCAAGGAGACCGGGACGUUCCAAAAGGGUUGGAAAAGGGUCAGGAAUAUGUCAGCAACGGAGUCAGAAGCCCCUGGAUGGACCCACCUCCCCAGUGGAUACCCCAGUCUCCCCAUCUACGGUGUGACAAUGCAGUACUGGGGAGACGGCUUCGGUCUGAACCUGGGAAAAUCUGCAGACGAGAUGCGCAGCAUCCUAGCAGAGCUGAAGGCCAACCGUUGGAUUGACAAGCGGACGAGGGCCAUCUUCUUGGAAGCAUUGCUGUACAAUGGAAACCUGGAUCUGUUCACAUCACUGACAAUGGUCUUUGAAUUCUCCGAGACGGCCGGAGUUUUCACCCAUCAUCGCGUGCAGGCCUUCCGACUUCAUCAACGGCCAGGGACAAUCGGGUACAUCUACGUCCUGCUUGAAAUCAUUUACGUCAUCGUUCUCCUCUACACACUGUGGAAAGAGACAAAAACUGCACGUGCAGCGGGCUGGGCCUACUUGAAGGAGCCAUGGAAUAUUGUCGAAAUCUUCAAUUUCUUCUUGGCAUUCACUGUCAUCGCCUUGUACAGCUUCAAGAGAAUCUACAGCUCCAAGGCUCUAGCAGCAAUCAACAAUGGAAAAGAUGAAGUCCACCAUUUCCGAUCUGCAGUGAACAUAAGCCUGGUUUACGGCUGGUUCCUGGCCUUCCUAACGUAUGUCAGCAUGUUGAAGUUCCUCCGGCUGCUGAGGUUCAACCCUUUCCUCGCCAAGCUGAUGUCCAUGUUCCGAGGGAUGUAUGUGGAGUUCUCUUCCUUCACCCUCUACCUCUUCAUCUACCUGUCAGCAUUCGGCGUCUACGCUCAUCUUAUGUUCGGUCUUACCGUGACUGAGUACAGCACCAUCAGCAAGUCCUUCUCCACCUUGUUCCAGAUGUCUCUUGGAAACAUCUACUACUACGAGCUGCGGGAGGCAGCCCCCAUCCUCGGCCCCAUCUACUUCUUUGCUUUCAUUUGCAUAAUCUUCCUGGUGCUGAUGAACAUCGCCAUGGCAAUCAUAGACAGCGCCCUAUCCAAGGUGCGGAACCACAUCAUGUCUGAGGAGGACCAGGACUUCAUCCAGGGGUUGUGGGAACGCUUCUCGGCCUUCUUCGGCUUCUGGAAAGUUCCAUUAACAGAUAACAACUGCCUGGACACUCUUCAUGACAGCAUGGUUGAGGUGGAGAUUAAAGUGGAGAAACUGUGGCUGCAGAGACAAUGGUUCGGCUCGCUGCUGCUGACCGACGCUAGCCGCUCAAGCGGGACAUGUCAAGCCAACAGGGGUUCACUCUCUCCGGAAAGCAGUUCGAAGAGGCAAGAACAGAGAAAAGCUAAAGGAACAAUAGACAGACGGGCAGACAUGAUGGAGUCCGAUGUAGUGACCGAGCCAGAGGUUCAGCAGAAUGUAGCGGCUGACUCGGAGGUCCGACAGAUCGUAGCGGCGGUGUGGGUGGUUACCGGGGAGGGUGUGUGCCUCCCUGACAACGCUGCUGAGUGGUACGACCCAUACCUUGUUGCCAGUCAGUGUGUAAUCAAGCCUUGCUGCUGUCUGGAAUUUGGUCGGAAUUUGUGGAAAGUGGAACGUCCUGUCCUGUCCCAACAAACAUCCCCCCACAUCGCUCCAGGAGUCAAGUCCCUGUGUGCAGCGUUUGAAACAGCAGACGUUCAGAAGCGCGGCUCCAUCGAUGUGCAGAUUGUGCCAAAGCUCGUGCAGGACGUCCUAGGUUCUAGUCUAGCGCCGAGUGAGAAGGACGCCAUCCGACUCCGAGCAGAAAGCAAGGCAAAAAAAGGUGUUCUAUAUUUUGCUGAUUUUGUGGAAGUCAUGUCAGAAACCCUCCAGACAACGACCCAGUGGGGUAAGCUGACCACCACCCUGAGUGGGUAUGUCGGCAUCGACACUCUCCAGGAACAGAUGAGAAAAAAGGCGCUGAAACGAGGCUUCGAGUUCCACAUCAUGGUUGUCGGUGGCAGUGGUUUGGGGAAGUCUACUCUGGUGAACACCCUGUUUAAGGCACAGAUCAGCAGACGGUCCUGCACCAACGAGUCUGAGGGCACCAUCCCCAAAACUGUGCAGAUCAAGUCAGUAUCACACGUUAUUGAGGAGAAAGGUGUGCGGUUAAAGCUGACUGUGACAGACACCCCGGGGUUCGGGGACCAGAUCAACAAUGAAAACUGCUGGCUUCCAAUCCUGGAAUUCAUCAACGACCAGUACGAAAAGUACCUGAGUGAAGAGGUGAACGUGAGCCGCAAGAAACACAUCCCCGACACGCGUGUUCACGUUUGUCUGUACUUCAUCUCACCUACAGGACAUUCCUGCCGGCCACUGGACCUGGAGUUCAUGAAGAGACUGGACAAGGUGGUGAACAUCGUGCCAAUCAUUGCUAAGGCAGACACACUCACACUGGAGGAGAGAUACGCCUUCAAGAAAAGGGUUCGUGAGGAUCUAGAGUUCCACGGGAUCCAGUUUUACCCCAUGAAGUCACUGGAUGAGGACGAAGAAGAGACCGCCAUCAAUCAGGCACUAAGGGAGAAGAUGCCGUUUGCGAUUGUUGGGAGUGACCGUGAGUACCAGGUUAAUGGCAAGUCUGUUCUCGGCCGCAAGACCAAGUGGGGCCUGAUCGAAGUUGAGAACAAGAAUCACUGUGAGUUUGCCCUUCUGAGAGACAUGCUGAUCAGAACCCACAUGCAGGACCUGAAGGACGUGACAGACUCCAUCCACUACGAGAACUUCCGGCGCGAGCGGCUCGAGAUGCACUCCGAGUUCGCCGGCCCGACUCCGCCAUAUCACGAGAUGGGAGAAUCCAACCUCUGAUCAAGGAAACCUGGUCACUAGCACUGCAGAAUGUUGCAGUCCCUCCUCUUGCUGUGCUAGGGCGGUGGGGAGAAUCCCGACACUGAUCAGCAGGAGUUGAAGAUGGUCCGAGGACUGGCUAUACUGAGUAGCACUUCUAUAAUUCAGCAUGAUGCAGUAUUUCUCUUAGCAUAGAAUUAAUAACAAGAGUUACAGUAAUCCACUCUUUCCUAUACAGUAGUUAUAGAGAAAAUAAUACACCUUAAAGUUAUUACUACUUAUACUCGAAUAAGGUUAAUAUAUUAUCACAUUCACAGUUGAAUUAUUAACUUGUUGACAAAGUGGCCAAGAAGUGUAAGUUACAGGUAUAUCGACCUGUAGGUUAUGAACAUGUUCAUUAAAAAUGGGAAAACUUCUCAAAAAUGCUUCUUCCUAGAGCUUAAGGAAUCAAGUUAUUCGUAUUUGUGCCAGAAGAUUUUUGUAUACUUCUCGUCAUUAAAUGUCACAAAGUAUUUAUCAAACAGCUGGAAUAUUAACUGUUUGCUAUGUAUUCAGUUUUCACCUGCUAAAUCAAUAAACAAAAGCUCUGCACUUAUGAAUUAUGAAAUUGUUUUCUCAACUUCUUUACAGUGACUGACUUCAGAUUCCAUUUGAGCAUGAAAAUUCAUCUGAUUUGGUAAUUUACAUAGUGAAGAAUUAAACUGUUCUCCAACUCAAAGAAAUUUUCUUUAAAAAAUUGAUCUGAAUGAUGGUCCAGCUGUGUUAUUUCCUAAAAAGCCUGGGUCUUGUUGCAGUUCAAUAUUGUGCCACUAGGUGGCAUUGUCCUUGGGCUGAUCCACUUUUGAAGCUGAAGGGGGAGUAGACCAAGUCUUGAAAGGAUGGAGUGGGGAAAGGAAAAGGCUGCCUUCGCUCUGAUGAGUUGAAGGGUACAAAAUGGUACUAAAGUAGCUUAAGAACGAUUACAGGAGGAAUAAAUCUUAAAAGGCGAGAUGAAAGUAAAAUCGUCUUAGAUGUGGCUAAAGAAGACAGAAGGAAAGAGCGAAAGUACAAGACAUAGUGAAAGUGUGAGAUAGUUUUGAUGUGUCCCUCUCCAUCUGUGGAAAAGGUGUGACCAGCAUGCAUUUCACUACACCCCAAUGUUUCAGCAACACUGAUUUCUUCCUAUGGCGGAACAUAGGGGUGUCCCUAUGUUUUCGCAAUCCUAUGGAAGAACAUAGGGCUGUCCCUAUGUUUCAUCAACCCUGACCUAAUCCUAUGGCCUAAACCCAUCCAAAAGUAAUGUUAUCAAAACAUAGAGCUGCUCCCUGUGAUUCUACUGUAUCCCUUUUGAUGUUUUAGACAGCAUUACUGAGAUCUGUGGUCAGUUCCUGACACAACAGUGGUUUGGAUGUUGAAUGAUGUUUUGGUACCAAUCUGGGCCAAUGGCUAAUGACUGUUGUACUUGUUGGGAUGUUCCUGUCUGUUUGUGAAUAAACCAUAAACUACCAGGAAGUUCACAACAUAUAAGAAACUAUUGACUUCUCUCUGCUUGUGCCAAAUAAAACCAUGAUACAGCCACACCAGUUUCUUUCUUCAGUUCUCAGGCAUACACUAUAAAACAAGAAAACAGAA